GGCAUAAAGAAGAGCAGGGGCCGCGUCCCAUUGAAGGAAUCUUGGCUCCAGGACGGCACAGCCAUGGUGCCUUGGCUCUGGGCUCUGCUGAUGGCAGCUGGGGCGGGCGCCUUGGAGCCCGGCUUCCAAGCUUGCAAGAGGUCCCUGAACGUAAGCGUGCUGGAGGUGCUGCCAGGCGGGGGCUGGGACAACCUGCGCAAUGUGGAGGUGGGGCGAGUGAUGAGCCUCAACUACUCGCAAUGCCGCACCACGGAGGACGGCGAGUACCUGCUGCCGGAUGAGGUGGAGGUGGUGCCGCUCCGGGAGAGCAGGGUGGAGGUGCACGCCGAGCUGAUCGAGAACUGGCUCUCCUACACCGACGCCUUUGCCCGCUCCAUCAAUGCCGAGGCCUCCUUCCUGGGCGUCCUCAAUGGCAAGUUCUCUUCCGGGUGCCAGGAGACGAAGACCCACAAUGUCUACGACCAGACGGUCACCACCCGGGUGCAAGUGCGGCACCACAUCUACUCGGUGAAGGCCCAGCCCGCCUUCACCCUCCACCCCAGCUUCCGGCACCAGCUCCUGGCCAUCGGCAACCAGCUGGAGAACAACCAGAGCCAGAUGGCCACGUACCUCGCUGAGCUGCUGGUGCUGAACUAUGGCACCCACGUCCUGACCAGGCUGGAGGCCGGAGCCAGCCUGAUCCAGGAGGACCAGGUCAAACUGACCUUCCUGCAGGACAAGGUGGCCGAGAAGGCGAGCAUCACCGCCUCGGCCUCCGCCACCUUCUUCGGCAAGGUCAACGUGGGGAUCGGCGCCGCCGCGCAGGUCCAAGACGAGCUGACCAAGAGCUAUAUGGAGAACACGGUGGACUCGCGCAUCGAGAGCCGGGGCAGCGUGCCCUUCUACCCGGGCAUCACGCUCCAGAAGUGGCAGGAAGGGAUCCCCAACCACCUGGUGGCCAUCGGCAAGGCCGGCCUGCCCCUGCCCUUCUUCAUCAGCCCGGAGGCCCUGCCAGAGCUGCCGGCACCCACAGCCAAGAGGGUGGCAGCCGUGGUGGACAAGGCCAUUCAUCUUUAUUACGCCAUCAACACCCACCCGGGUUGCGUCAAGGCCGACGCCAGCAACUUCAACUUCCAGGCCAACGUGGAUGACGGCUCAUGCCUGGGGGCCAGCACCAACUUCACCUUCGGGGGUGUCUUCCAGAAAUGUCGCGGGGUGUCAGGCCUGGAUGGGGAGGAGAUGUGCCAGCCGUACCGCACCCAGAACCCGCUGACCGGGGGCUUCUCCUGCCCGGCCGGCUUCACACCCGUCCCACUACACAGUGAGGAGCGCACGGCCAGCAAGCCCCAAGCCGAGUGCCACGAGGAGUGCCACUCCUGCUGGCUCUUCUUCUCCUGCUGCCAUAAAGAGUGCGGCGUCCGCUACUACUCCACCACGGUGCGCUUCACGGCCCACUGGUGCGCCGCCACCGGCCCUGUGCCCCAGGGCUCCGGCUUCCUCUUCGGGGGGCUGUACAGCGCCGGGGAGGAGAACCCGCUCACCGGGGCCCGCGCCUGCCCGUCCUACUUCUACCCGCUCUCGCUCUUCGACGGGCUGAAGGUGUGCGUGAGUGACGACUACGAGAUGGGCGCCCGCUUCGGCCUGCCCUUCGGCGGCUUCUUCAGCUGCCAGGCCGGCAACCCCUUGGCCGGGCCCCUGAAGGGACAGAGCCCUGGCAUCCUCCAGGAUUUCUUCUACCAAGACUCCGACACCGCCUACCCCAUGAAGUGCCCCCAGGGGUACAGCCAGCACAAAGCCUAUCUGAGCGACGGCUGCCAGAUCCUCUAUUGCCUUCAGGCUGGGAGCCUCUUUGCCCAACAGCUGGCUCCCAUCAAGCUCCCGCCCUUCCUCCGCCAGCCGUCCCCCAAUGCCAGCAUGGCCGAGACCAUCCUGGUACUGGGGGAGGGCAGCCAGGCCUGGGUGAAGCUGCAGGGCAGUGGACACUGGCGGUCAGCCAACGUCACCGAUGAGAGGGAGAUGGCCCAACUUUUCCAGGCUCAGUCCAGCGCGGGGCCCACGGGGGGCGCUGUGGCUGGCAUCUCAGUGGCUGUGACGCUUGUCCUGGCGGCGGCUAUUGCGGGGGCUGUCUAUGGCACCCGGAGGUACAAGAGCAGGGGGUACCAGGAGGUACAACCCCCAAGCCGUCUGGUGGAAGAGCAAGAGAGCUACGGAUCCACCACAAGGUCUCUUGGGACUAGUUCAGCCUGAGAGCCCGGGAACUGGGUCAAGGACUCUCCCUGGGGUGAGUUCUGAAUGGCUCACACCGCCUGGGUGAGGGGUACGGGGCGUGGCAAGGCUGGGGGAGCAGUAGCUUUUAAUCACAUGACUGCAUUAGUGUUGCAGGCU